AUGAUGGACUCGCUUUUCGCAGCUCAGGUGCUCGUAGAAUCAGAUGAGGCGCCUGCAUACGCUGAUGAGGCUAAAGCAUAUGCCAUACGUGACACUCUGCGCAGAACGUUUGGCGUGGAAGACUUAACCGAGUCGGGAACGAGUCGCAACGGCGCUUAUCUCACUGCUACGGAUCCCACGGAGUUCAUCGGGGAGAUCGAUGAUGGCGAUGUGACUAUGGCACGUCAAUUGUCCAAGACGUUUUCAGGAAUAGUGACGGCUUGUGGACUAAGGAGGGAAGACAUUGUACUUGAAUCGCUGGCGUCCAGGAUUUCUUGGUAUUCCCGGCACUGCAGGCGGGCCGAUACUUUUGUAGAUUCCCCGAUCGACCCGAGGCGAUAG